GGCGUCAACGUCUUCCGCAUCAACUUUUCGCACGCUUUGCACGAGGACCAAAUCCCAAUCAUCAAGCGGAUUCGCGAUAUCAGCUUGGAGCUGAACAUGCCCGUUGGCAUUCUAGGCGACUUGUGCGGCCCAAAGGUGCGCGUUGGCGUGUUUGUCGACCGCCAGCCAAUCCAACUCGUGCAGGGCAAGCAUAUUCGCGUGCGCUCGGGUGACGAGCCUGGCAGCGUGACCUGCUUGACGACCACGACCGCCGCUGUCGUGCGCCAGCUCGAGGUCGGAAACACGCUCCUCCUCGACGACGGCAACUUCCGCCUCCGCAUGACUGAGCGCAUCGGUGAGGACGAAAUCGAGUGUCUCAUCGAAGUGGGCGGCCUGCUCAAGGAAAAGAAGGGCAUCAACGUCCCCGAACUGCGCCUGGCGCUCUCGGCCUUCACUGAAAAGGACCGCCGCGAUGCCCAGUUCAUUCUCGAACAAAAGCUCGACUUUGUCGCCCUGUCGUUUGUGCAGCGCGCUGCGGACAUUCUCGAGCUCACGAGCUUCAUUGACGACUUCAACCGUAGCAAGGAGGAGCGCGACAGGGUCCAUCCCGAGAUUAUUGCCAAGAUUGAAAAACCGCACGCGCUGGACGACAUUGACGAGAUUAUUGCCGCCCACCCCUCCGUCAACAUUAUGGUUGCGCGUGGUGAUCUCGGCGUCGAAGCCUCCUUUGAGCGCGUGCCCACCGCCCAAAAGAUGCUCAUUGCAAAGGCGAACGCGGCUGGCCGUGCAGUCAUCACGGCGACCCAGAUGCUCGAGACCAUGAUGAACUCGCCCGUGCCCACGCGCGCCGAGGUCAGCGAUGUUGCCAAUGCUGUCUUUGACGGUACCGAUGCAGUGAUGCUCAGCGGCGAGACGGCUGCCGGCAAGUAUCCUCUGGAAACGGUUCGCAUGAUGGCUUCGAUUUGUCUGCACGCCGAAACGCAACACACCAUUCUUGCGCGCAUGGUUGCCGAGGUCGACACCUCGGAAGGUGGCUUUUCGUUUGACGAUGCGAUUGCCGAUGCAUCAGUUGCUUCCGCUCGUAAGGCGGAGGCAGUCGCAAUCAUCGUGCUGACAGUGUCGGGCAAGAUGGCCGUCCGCGUUUCCAAGCGCAAGCCGACGCAACUGAUUAUCGCCAUGACCCAGUCAUGGCAGGUGGCCAAUCAGCUCAACCUGCUUUGGGGCGUUCAUCCGCUCAUUUUGGGCAAGUUCUCCGACACAGAUGGCGCUCUCUUGGAGUGUGAGCGCGCAUUGCGUGCACGCGAGUGGGUUCGGGAGAAUGACACACUCGUGGUAUGCUCGGGUGCAAACGAGUUCCACACGGGUCUGUCAAAUACUCUCAAGUUGCAUUCAUUUGGCCAUGCCAGCCGUGCCAUGACGGCACGCGCGCACUGGAAGGACGCUCUUGGCGUUCUGCAGCACAAGGGUCGUGUGCAUUCGCCUGCUAUCGAUUCCGACCCGAAUCAUGCGUGAAA